AUGAUAUGCAGAAUCAAAAGAUAUUGUCCAGAUGAACUUAUAUUUAAUUUUAUAUUGAAUUUUAUUUCCACAAAUGACAUAACUUCGAGAGAUUUUGAAUUAUGGAUUAUACUCAAAAUAGCAAAAUAUAAAAAAAAUCAACCUUAAAUUAAAGCUCAAUAUCCCAAUCUUACAGUAAAUUAUCGUUAAAAACUGAUGCAAUUUGGCUGAUCCAAACCGAAUUUAUUUAGAGGUCGUAAAGCAAUUGUCGCGGAAGCAAAAGUUCACAGUGCUGGACCUUAAAGCUUUUAUUUUCCACCACUAAUGGCAUAAUACUAUUUAUUUUCGCAUCUCUUGCCCGUUUCUCUUCGUAAAAAUAUCUGUGUUCGGUGCGAUUACACUCAAUUAACUUACAUCUCCUCAAUUGGAGUCCAAUGAACUUCAGGCUUUACCUCUGAAAAUCCUUUUUCUUUGUCGAUUUGAAUUAUGAAGAGACUCUUAUGGCCUUCUUCCACAUGCCUUGAUGCUGGUCCGUUCUAUCGCAGGAGCUCAAGGUCUAUUAGCUCGAGAGAGAGUUUAGCUUGAGGAGAAGCUAUCUAUCAAUUGAACAAAACACUCGUCUGGGGAGAAAAAUUAACUUAAAUGGUAGCUCUUGGUCGGUCGAUUUGCCAUUUUUAUAGUUUGAGCAUCCACAUGGAUUGCCCAAGCUUUUGGCUCCACCGGCCAAGUGGGGAACUUGCAAAGUCAACCCAAUUGACAAGUCUAAACUCAGUUGGCAAAUCUGCGAUAUCCUGAAGAAUUUCCAAAUUGAGACUUCACUUGCCGACUGAAGUUGAAUUGCAAGUUGCCCACCUUGGCUGUGGAGCCAAAUGUUUGAGCAAUCCAUAUGGAUUAUACACAAACAAGAUCAGUAUUAAAUUUGCUUACUUCAAUUAGCUUGAAAUUAACUAAAUUUCCAAGUCUUGAGCUAUGACUAUGCAAAUUUAUAAAGUCUAAAAUAUUGGUACAAAAGCUCCUAAGACAGCCCAGCAUCUAG